UGAAAUGGAUGUGCCUAUGCAUGUGGCUGGGAUGGUCGGAGUGGAAUAGCCAAUAGCGCAUGGCUACACGCGACCGCACUCAACCCUCUACCGAAAGGCGCAUUCACCCUUAUUAUAACACAAUGAAUGACAUGCUAUCGUUUAAGCGCGGCUGCAGUGAAGGAGCGGCAGUGGAAGAAGAGGUGCUGUUCGAGCGGUAGGCGAAAAGAGGGAGCAAACGUAAGGCGGACGUGCUUGCUGGCUGGCGGAGGAAUGGGAAUGGGGCUGUAAUACGAACAAUAAGUCGCGCUCCUUUCAGCCGCAUGCAAGAGAACAACUUCAGCAAUCUGGAUGUUGGACAUACAAUAGCUAUAGUCACUUGUAGCGCUCAGCGUACAGAGCCAAGAUGCCGCGGCAAGCCGCCGACUUGGAGGAGGCAUUGAAGAAGAAGGGAGGCUUGACGUUGUCGCAAUUGGCAAACUACGAUGACCUGAUUACCGAUGCGCUUGUGGAUCGCGUGUAUUUCUGGUCCACCAUCCGCAAGUUGAAGGCCACGUACCACCCGUGCCGUGGCGUUGCCGAGGAGGAAGUCUGCAGCAUUCUCCAAAAGCGAGUCAUCAUCCAGAAAGAACCUACUGUGGCCCAUGAAGAGCUUCUCCGUCUGCCGGGCAUACAGAAGUUUUACCGCGGUCUCGGCACGGAAGAUGAAAAGGAGCACUUUGAGCGCCACGUUCGCAAGUAUAUCAACAUCUACCUACCGGACUGCCCCUUUGAUGUGGGCACAACGAAUCGCUACACCGUCAUGACCGCCGAGGCGGCGAUUUACGCGCGCAAAGCGAUCCGUAAAGGCGAACCCAUCAAGUACUUGUCGGGCAUUCAGGUGGAGAUGACGGAGCAGGAAGAGAAGGAGCUCUGCAGUCGGACGGACUUCUCCAUAGUUCUCUCUUCGCGCCGCAAGCGACCGAGUCUGUUCCUGGGACCAGCACGUUUCGCGAACCAUGACUGCGACUCGAAUGCUCGAUUGAAUACGAGCGGACCUCAUGGCAUUCAUAUCGUGGCUUGUAAAGACAUUGCCGUCGGCGAUGAGAUCACUGUUACGUACGGCGAAGAUUAUUUCGGAUUAGAGAACUGCGAGUGCUUGUGCGCUACCUGCGAAAACAAUGUACGGAAUGGCUGGGAUCCGAGGGGUCCCUUGCUGAAGGACGACAGCAGUGAGGAUGACGAGAGCGAGGCAGAGGAGGAACCGCGACCUCAUAGGGUACCUCAACGACCAAUGCUGGGGAAGCGGAAACGUGACGAGUCGCAAUCAGAUGCGCUCUUGCAAGGUGAACCGUCUCCGAAAAGACGAGGUCCCGGUCGACCGAGGAAGUACCCACUGCCUCCAGGUGAAACGAUGAGCGCCUACAAGAAGAAGCGAGCGGUUGCCGACGCUAGAGAGCGUAGUGAGCUCUCUACAACGGAGGCCCAGGCCCGGAUGAAGGCGAUCCGCAAGCCGACGAACAUUGAACGACAUAACGAAGCCAGGAAAGCACAGCUUGGUCACGGUCGAUGGCAGUCUACAAAGCAAAGAAGAAAGCAUGGAAAGGCGCGAGUAGUGCGAAUGCAACCGCAGCUCAAGCAGCCGGAGGAUAGCAGCAUGAGCUCGGAAGAGCGAGCCGAUUCCGAAGCUACUGCUGUACUCGACAGAAUUCGUGCCAUGCUGUGCAACAUUGGAGAUCUCGUGCUAAGCAAGCGACAAGCUGCGGAAGAACCUCAAGAUAUGUUAGAGAAGUCGCCAGAGAUCGCCGAGACAGACUCGGAGCAGCAACGAACACCUGAGAGUAGGAAUGUGCGAGGUGGCGCGGACGACCAGGAGGACUGGGACGAGGCUUACGCCACGCAUGAAAGCGCAGAGUGGCCGCGAGACGGAGCUGGUCGCUUUGUGCCGCGCAGUAUGAGAGCUAUGCUCGAAGAGCGGAGGGCUAGGCUUUUGGAAGACCGAUCAAUGUCUUGCGAUUACGCCACAACCGUUGACAACCCUCAUGGUGAUGCACGGACGCCUUCAUCUGCUAGCCAGUCUGGCAGGCGGGGUGCAGUUGAUGGUAAGCCGAGUCUUUCGUCAGGCAAGCGAUCGAGGUUCGCUGUCGUAGAGAAUGCAGCAUCCGACAUCUGGAGCGUCCCAGCUUCGCCAGAUCCGGCGUUGGAAGAGCCGCGUGGACCUUCUGGCCAUGCAUUGUGCGAGCGAGCAGAGCCAGCGGGCGUCGCGUCGACCGGUAGCACCAGCCCAAGCUCCAACGGCAUGGCCGACAGCAGCUCUAACGGAACCGCGGCCUCAAGUGCAACUUCGCUUCAAAGUGCGCCUCGUCCGCAGAUAAGGAAAGAGUUUCUGGGUCCCAAUAUCGCGUUCGACAUCGUGGAGAUGCUGACGAAGCCACCGCCUGAAGACGAAGAUGAUGCUAUGGAGCUUGUAGAGGGCAGCAAGGCACAUGCUAGUGCGUCUCAACUUAUCUCUGCGAAUUUCGUGAUCGAGCAUGACAGAGCAGAAGAAGAAGAGGAAGCAGAAGAAGAAGUAGAGGGAGGCGAGGGUUCUGUGCAGCCUCGGCGCGGCAGGACAGUGACCCGCGAUGCGCGGCAACAAACUUUUAAGAUGCAGAAGGAACCCGAGCAGUCUCGGGCACCAAUCCGGAGCAUCGAGACGGAAGACGACGCAGAGGCAGAAGCCGAGUCAUCCAACUCAGAAGAACGACGCGGCGAGCCACGCACACCCGGCGACUACCACCUGUGCCGGGCCCUGCUUGCCACGACAUACCACCGCUGGGUCGAGUGUCGCAACUGCGACAAGCACUUUGUGCAAAGUGAGGCAUAUCUUACGCGCAUUGCAUGCCCGCGCUGCGAGCGCCAUAGCAAGCUGUACGGAUAUUACUGGCCCAAGACGGAUAGGGAAGGCAGGUUCGACACGGAAGAGCGUGUGCUGGAUCACCGAACUAUUCAUCGGUUUAUCGAGCCCGAGGAGGAGCGAAGCGAAAAGAAAGGCCGGAAGACACUGGCGGAGAUGGUGAGAGAGCGGGAGAAAGAGGCUCUGGAAAGCUCGAGAGAGGGCUCGGAAGAGAGUGAGGGUUGGACGAAAGCGGAUCGAGGGAAGAGGUUGAGGGGCAGUCCGAGGAGAGGUGCCGUUCCCGUGCCAGAGAGGGAGCCCUCGACAGUGAGAGCGGCGGUCGAACGAAGCGGUGGCCCGAGAAGAUCCAGAAGGACGAUGUAAGCUGCCUAGCCUCAAGAGACGUCAAGCAGCUUCAAUACAAUAUUUAUGUACUAUAUGCCGACGCCUGCAAUAGGCCCCUCUUCCACUAAGCGCCUUCAUGGGCUAGCUUUGUGUGGCACGAACGCACAUGACCGUGGUAUGUGUCACAAGAAGGGACUCGUCGGGUAGCUGCAUGAGACAAGGCGGGUCUCGAAUUGCUUGCUUCC